CUGGUUUCAUAACACAAUACGCCGGGAGCUGAAACAGCAGUGCUGCUGAACAUCGGUGUAGAAAUUAACGAAAAUGGCAAACAGCAGGCUUGAAAAGAUCGGAACAAUAAUCACUAGAACACAGGGUCUACUAAAGUCCGGUGCAUUGAAAUUCGACGAGCGGCCGUUGUGGUAUGAUGUUGUGACGGCUUUUCCUCCGAAAGACGAACCCCGGUUCGAUCGUCCGGCUCCAAAUGUGUCUGUACGUCCAAUUUUCUAUGCAGAAGAUACUAUCCGAGCGAAGUUUCACAAAACAAACAAAGCCUUGUUUGCUGUAAACCUGUUGGAUAACAAUAAUCGUUCGGCAACUCAACAGUUCAUUGAAAUUUAUCAAAGCCUGGCCAGUCAGGGUGCACUGGACGAACAAAAGGUGUUCGAGACGGCGUUAGACCUUCUGGAAGACAAGAUGCGUCAACAAAGAGAGAAACGUUCUGCAGAAAAUACACCUCAAGACCCUAUUGUAACUACUGCACCAACAGAUACGGAUAAUACGGUAAAAUUGCAGGAUAUUUUUAAAGAUUAAAUCGAAGAAUAAAUCGUAGUUCUAUCUUAUUCACGG